CUGGUGAGCUGCUACGUGACUUGCUGGCCGCGUGAGUGUCCAGCGCACCAAGGAGGCAGCUGCAAGGAAGGCAACCCAGACUCUGGACCCCGCGGAACUCCAGCCUGCGCCGCCGCAUCACACACACGCUCAGCGCUGCUAGCCUCGCACUUAACGAUAUUUGGAUCUGACCUGCAUUUUGAAAUUUAUCUUCACGUACAAUGCCACCAGCAGUUGGAGGUCCAGUUGGAUACACCCCCCCAGAUGGAGGCUGGGGGUGGGCAGUAGUUGUUGGAGCUUUCAUUUCCAUCGGCUUCUCUUAUGCAUUUCCUAAAUCUAUUACUGUGUUCUUCAAAGAAAUUGAAGGUAUAUUCAAUGCCACCACCAGUGAAGUAUCAUGGAUAUCCUCCAUCAUGUUGGCUGUUAUGUAUGGUGGAGGUCCUAUCAGCAGUGUCCUGGUGAAUAAAUAUGGCAGUCGUCCAAUCAUGAUUGCUGGUGGCUGCUUGUCAGGCUGUGGCUUGAUUGCAGCUUCUUUCUGUAACAGUGUACAGGAACUUUACUUGUGUAUUGGAGUCAUUGGAGGCCUUGGACUUGCCUUCAACUUGAAUCCAGCUCUAACCAUGAUUGGCAAGUAUUUCUACAAGAAACGACCAUUGGCAAAUGGACUGGCCAUGGCAGGCAGCCCUGUGUUCCUCUCUACCCUGGCUCCCCUCAACCAGGCUUUCUUUGGUAUCUUUGGCUGGAGAGGAAGCUUCCUAAUUCUUGGGGGCCUCCUUCUAAACUGCUGUGUAGCUGGAUCCCUGAUGCGACCAAUAGGGCCCAAGCCAACCAACGAAAGGAAAGAGAAGUCUAAAGAAUCCCUUCAGGAAGCUGGAAAAUCUGAUGAAAAAAAAGAUGCAGGUGAUGCAAAUACAGAUCUUAUUGGCGGAAACCCCAAAGAGGAGAAACUAUCAGUCUUCCAAACAAUUAACAGAUUCCUGGACUUUUCCCUUUUUACUCACAGAGGCUUUUUGCUGUACCUCUCUGGCAAUGUACUUAUGUUUUUUGGACUGUUUACACCUUUAGUCUUUCUUAGUAAUUACGGCAAGAGUAAGCAUUACUCUAGCGAGAAAUCUGCCUUCCUGCUUUCUAUUCUGGCCUUUGUUGACAUGGUCGCCAGACCUUCCAUGGGACUUGUAGCCAACACAAGGUGGAUAAGACCUCGUGUUCAGUAUUUCUUUGCAGCUUCUAUUAUUGCAAAUGGAGUGUGUCAUAUGUUAGCACCUUUAGCCACCAGCUAUAUUGGGUUCUGUGUCUAUGCGGUAUUCUUUGGAUUUGCAUUUGGAUGGCUCAGCUCAGUAUUAUUUGAAACACUGAUGGACCUCGUUGGACCCCAGAGGUUCUCCAGCGCUGUGGGAUUGGUGACCAUUGUGGAAUGCUGUCCUGUCCUCCUGGGGCCACCAAUGUUAGGUCGUCUCAAUGACGUGUAUGGAGACUACAAGUACACAUACUGGGCAUGUGGCGUAAUCCUAAUUUUCUCAGGUAUCUAUCUCUUCAUUGGCAUGGGCAUCAAUUAUCGACUAGUGGCAAAAGAACAGAAAGAGCAGAAGCAGAAAAUGGAAAGUAAAGAGGAGGAAGCCAGUGUAGCUAUUGCUGAGAAGCCAAAAGAAGUUACUAAAGCAGCAGAAUCUCUGGAGCAGAAAGGCACAGAAGGAAGCCCCAAAGAGGAGGAGAGUCCAGUCUGAGCCCAUGAGGCUGAAGGGUAAAUGGAGCAGCUUGUGACCCAAGAUACCUGAAAAUAUUCUACUGGCCUGUAUCCUACCAGUGGUGCUCAAUGCAGACAGUGGACGUUUGUGUGGAAAUUAUACCAGGUGUUCCUUGUGGAAUUUCUGUUUCACUCCUUAGUAGCCUGAGUUAAAAAUGCCAUAUCCUUGGGUGAGGGAGUGGUUGGCAAAAGAUGAGGGAAGGAAGUAGUUAUUUCUGUUUUUUUUUUUUUUUUUUAAUCUUAGCUUUUAACAGCGGCGUGAAGAUUAUAAUAUGUGCCUUAAGUUUUAGUCUUAGAACUCUUUAGGGAGCAUUAACUUUUUUAACCAUUCUGCUGAAUUUAUCUAUUUUAAGUGUCAUGUUUAAAGGAAAAAUAACAACUAACUUGUUGGAGGCAAAUCUAAAAUUUUAAAUUAAUCUUGCUUCAUUAUUAUUUGUGAUAUAUUGCUAGACAUUGUCAGUGGAAGAUUUAUGGAUAGAAAUACUGGUUGAAAGUUGGGGAUUUUAUAAAAUGCUGACUAAAAUAUUUUCCAAGCCUCAGUAGUUGCCUGGCAUAUAUGCCUGCUAUGUAUAAAUUUAGGAAAUUUAAAGCAUAAAACUUUGGAGAUAUCUUGGCUUCUCUAGCCACAUUGUACUAGUUAAUACCUCUUUGAUACCUUUUCUUGGGAUGCUGAUUAGAAGCCAAGCGCUUGAGGGUUGUUUCAUUAAAUUACUACUUUUGCUCCCCUGUUCAAAGACACUUUUUGAGUGGUUAUAUAGAUCAUUCCCCCUUUUGAAAUCACUUGAUAUUAUUUUUCUCACUGUAAAAGUUAGAAUUAAAAUCUACAAGACUGUAUUUGUGUCUCCUUAGUAAAUGCAACGCAUCUAAUAAAUGUAGACAGAUAUUUGAAACAGUAGCUGAAUUCAGCUUAGGUUUUUCUAAAACUUCAGUUAAACUGUGAGACUAUUGGAACUUUUUUUCCUGGAAUUUUCCCCCUUUAUUCAUAGUGUUUCCAUUUAUGUCUGCUUCAGCUUAAAGGUAGGUGUGUGUGUGUGUGUGUGUGUGUGUGUGUUUCAGUGUGUGUGUGUUUCAGUGUGUUCAAAUUAAAGACUGCCAAAGAAAUUUGGCCCCAGGCAAGCCAGUACGGAUAAGAUUGGGAGAGAAGUUACUAAGUGUGCUCAGUUUCAAUAAAUAACUCCUUUUCUUUUUUCUGAGAAGGCCUUAAAGAAAAUUAUGUUGUGCUUAGAUUUACUGGAAGUAUUCUUUCCACACAAACCUGAAGAUUUUGUGAGCCUUUUCACUUACUGAAAAGUAGAGAAAUGGGCUCAGUGUAAUGAUAGGAGGGAGGACAGACCAGAAGAAAAACUGUAAAUAUUUUUUAACCUAGUAUCUUUUAAAUUGAGGCAGGAAGAUAUUGAUAAACAUUCAAUUAAUUAUAUUCCAAGAAUUUAAAUUAUCAUUGUAAUUAACAGAGUGAAACUAUAGAUACAAAACCUGUGUAAGAGGCUGACUUUUCCAAAUAAACAUCUUUUUUAAAAAA